CACGUCCAUUUGCCAUGCAUACAACCACAAACUUUUUGAAGUUAAUUAUUUUGUAAAAAUCGACAUCGUAACUUGGCUUUCAUAAUGUCUGUGAUGCUGAUUUUGGCUCCCGGAGCGGAAGAGAUGGAAACUGUCAUUCCAGUUGAUGUUCUGAGACGUGCUGAGGUUAAAGUCACUGUGGCAGGAUUGUUUGGCAAGGAUCCAGUGAUUUGCAGCAGAAAUGUCACCAUCGUUCCUGACGUAACUCUGGAUGAAGCUGUUGCACAGGGACCUUAUGAUGUUAUCAUACUUCCAGGGGGUGGGCCAGGAGCAAAGAAUCUUUGUGAGUCCAAGAAAGUUGGUGAACUGUUAAAGGAACAGGAAGAUUCUGGGAGGAUCAUUGCAGCUAUCUGUGCUGCACCAACGGCAUUGAUGACGCACAAAGUUGGAGUAAAGAAAACAAUUACUUCACACCCUGGGGUGAAAGAGAAACUUGAAAAUAGUGGUUUAUUCACCUAUAGCGAAGACCGAGUUGUGCGAGAUGACAAACUGAUAACAAGCCGAGGCCCGGGGACAGCCUUUGAGUUUGCCUUAGCAAUUGUAGAGCAGCUCAAAGGGCAGGAAACGGUGAACAAGAUCGUACCACCAAUGCUCCUUCAAGUUUGAAAGUAGUCUUGCAACACUUGAUUGCCAGUCGGAGGUUGUAGCUGGUUACAUGAUGAAAUACAGCAACUCAGACAUUAUCAAGAAAGCUCCGGUUAAGGCAAGUUUAUUAGGUAGUUACAUACCUGAAACAAUCGUGAAAUUUAAUUUCUUUAUUGCCUGAUGGUCAUACAGCAAUUUUCAGUAUACAGGGGGAACGAACUGAACAAUACUGUGUGUGGUCUCUCAUUGACAGUGUGUUAUGAAUAGCUAGUCUUGAAAUAUACCUUUUUGAGAUAACUAUUAGUAACACAAAAAGUAUAUUUGCCUAUAGGAGCUAAAAAAAAUUUAGAGGAAAAGUACCUCUUAUGCUUCUUCAUACCAUUAUUAUUGAGGUAUUAAUGGAUUAAGUUGUGAAUAAGAGUGAUAUCAUUCAAAUGGGCCUAUUUUACAAGACUAAUUGCUCAGAAUGUUUUAUAUGAGCUUUACAGAAACAAAUAUCAAACUCAAAACGUGUAGUAGCUCUAUACAAUAUGUUGACAAAGUUUACCUAAACAUAGCCUCUAUUUCAUGAUCUUGGUGAGGGGUUUGGAAAUUGAGUAAACUUAUUUUUGAAAAACUGGUGAUGUAGGGAGGUUUUC